AAGAAAGCGAAGGCGCCCGUCCCCCGCCGACAGCCUCCUCCUCCUCCGCCGACCCAGCCGACGCCUCCUCCUCCUCCUCCGCCGACCCAGCCGACGCCUCCGUCCGGCAACCGCGCGGGCGCACAUAUGGUGGAUGGUGAAAUGCCUGAGAGAGUGGAUGAUGCGGCAUUCAUGGAGGCAAUGAAUGUUGGAUCCUCGUUCUUGCAUGACGAUGAAGCCGCCGAUGGGGAGGAGGAAUAUGAGGAUGUAGAUGAGGAAGGAGAAGGGUUGAUUGAACCUCGCCAUCCCGGUCGGGCCGCCAACUACACCAUAGCGGAGGACAAGUUGCUUUGCAAGACGUGGUUGACAAUUGGAAUGGAUCCAACAACCGGUAUCGAUCAAACAAGAGAAACAUAUUGGAUGAGGAUGACGGAGUACUUCAACACAAACACAAGUGGGAUCGAGCGAACCAUGCGCUCACUUCGGUCCCGUUGGUCUGGUAUCAACACCGAUUGCCAAAAAUGGGCGGGCGUGCAAGCCAACAUCGAUGUUCUCAAUCCAAGUGGCACUAAUGAGAAUGAUAGGAACUCCAUGGCUCAAGGAUUGUUUAGGGAUGUGGGAAAGAAGAACAAGAAAGGCAACAAGAUUCUUGGCAAGCCAUUCACCUUGCAUCAUUGCUAUGAAGUGCUAGGGAAUGAAGAGAAGUGGAAGACGCGCGGCAAGUUGGAUGCGGCAACUAUGGCGGCCAAUGCUACCGGUGAUGCAACAAUCAUCGAUGAUGAUGAUUCAAGUGAUGAAGGGAAGAAGAGAAGCUCCACUCCUCACUCCGUCAACAAUGGGCGGAGGAAUGUGCAUGGUAGGAAGACCGCCAAGGAAAUGAAGGGAAGGAAGGCCGGAGAUGAUGACAUUGCCAUGGCUAUGGAGAGGAUUGCAAAUGCAAGGUUGCAAGCAAAUGAAGAUAGAAAGAUGCAACGAAACUUGGAGAAAGAGGCUAUGGAUGCUAUUGAAGCUAGGAGAGCCGCUUUGGAGGAGAGGAUUGCCGCCAACGAGGAGAGGAAGUUGGCUUUGGAGGAGAAGAGGCAAGCCUCCGAGGAGUAUGCACGCCUAGCGGAGGAGGAGAGGAAGCUUUUCUUGAUGGAUACUUCCCAUAUGGAUGAGAGGCAAAAGGAGUACAUCAACCUUCUUCGCGAUGAAGUGUUGGCCAAAAAGAGAGUGUUGGUAGCCAACUUGAACACUUCCACUACCGACAUGUUUGGAGGAGAUCUUGGCGGGGCGCGUGCCAGCGACGGUGAAGCAAAGGUCGAGGGCGUCCUUGUUGGCGAGGCUGCAGGAGGCGAUAGUAGACGACACGGACGGAGUGGGCAGCCGCGCUGGAGGUCGACGGAGCUGGGUUCGCAGACGUCGGAUCAGAACCGCGGACGGCUGACGCAGGGCAUCGUCGCGCAUGCCGGCGCUGACGCGGAAGGAAACGAAAGGCUUCAACUUGUCGACGAACAGAGGAAGGUGAUGACGCUGGAGUACUGCAACUCGACGGGAAGACGCGCCAUGACCUUUGCGACGUACAGGGACGACGGGAGCGCACACGCAGGGCAUGUGGCGUCGUCGAAGGGAGUUGCAGAAGACGUUGCUGAGACGGAGCCUGCGACCUUGGCGAGGCGCGGUAGGGAUGGAGGCCUGGCGGGCGCAGACGUCCGGGACGAGCUGGCCGGGAUGAUCUUGGGAGCGCAGAAGAUGAGCGAGGAGAAGACAAUCGCAAGAGAGUGGCGGCGGGGAAAAGGACUAGCAGGGGCUAGGGUUGCAGAGGAGGAGUAG